AUGAGUGCUGCUGUUCAACAAAUUCAAAAGGGCCUUGGACAGGUCUCUUUGGAAAUUCCAUACAUCCAACAUCGUAUUGACCUUUUUGAAAAGUACAAGAAAGAAGCUGAAGAGGAGGUUGCCCAGAAGCCCAGGGAAGAAAUUGACGUUACCCUUCCCGAUGGAAAGGUUGUCAAAGCUACCAGCUGGGAAACUACUCCUAUUCAAAUCGCUACUUCGAUUUCCAAGGGUCUUGCCGAGCGCACCGUCAUUGCUAAGGUUGACGACAAGUUAUGGGAUUUGACUCGUCCUUUCGAGUCUUCCUGUUCCUUAAAACUUUUAGACUUUGAAGAUCCUGAAGGAAAGCGAGUUUUUUGGCAUUCCAGUGCCCAUGUCCUUGGUGAGGCUUCUGAGCUUUUCUACGGCUGUCACUUAUGUGUGGGUCCUCCUACGGACGAUGGUUUCUUUUACGAAAUGGCUAUCGAAAAUGAACGUGUUGUCACUUCCGAAGACUACAAGGGUCUUGACAAUUUGGCUAAACAAGCAAUCAAGCAAAAGCAGCCCUUUGAACGUUUGGUCCUUUCUAAGGAAAGACUCCUUGAAAUGUUCAGUCACAACAAGUAUAAGCAACAAAUAAUUCAGAACAAGAUCCCUGAUGGUACCAGUACCACUGUUUAUCGCUGUGGUCCUCUUAUUGACUUGUGUACUGGUCCUCACGUCCCCCAUACCGGUCGUGUCAAAUCUUUUUCUGUUAUGAAAAAUUCUUCUUCUUACUUUUUGGGUGAUGCCAAAAAUGAGUCUCUUCAACGUGUUUAUGGCGUUAGUUUCCCCGACAACAAGCAAAUGCAGGAGUAUAAAGCCUUUUUGCAAGAAGCUGCCAAGCGUGACCACCGUAAAAUUGGUCGUGAACAAGAGCUCUUCUUCUUCAACGAACUUUCUCCCGGAAGCUGCUUCUUCUUGCCCCAUGGUACUCGUAUUUACAAUACUUUACAGAGUUGGAUGCGUGAACAAUAUGCUCAGCGCAAUUAUCAAGAAGUUAUUACACCUAACAUGUUCAACGUUAACCUUUGGAAAGCUUCUGGUCACUGGAAUAACUACUCCGAGAACAUAUUUUCUUUUGAUGUUGAAAAAGAGAAGUUUGCUUUGAAGCCUAUGAACUGUCCUGGUCAUUGUAUAAUUUACAAGAACCGCGAUCGCAGUUAUCGUGAUCUUCCUUGGCGUGUUGCAGAUUUCGGUGUUUUGCAUAGAAACGAGUUCUCUGGUGCCCUUAGUGGUCUCACCCGUGUCCGUCGCUUCCAACAAGAUGAUGCUCAUAUCUUCUGCAGGCCCGACCAAGUAAGAAGCGAAAUUGAAGGAUGUUUCGACUUUUUGCAACACGUUUACGGUAUUUUUGGCUUUAAUUUCCAUUUGGAAUUGUCUACUAGACCAGAAGAGAAAUUCCUUGGUGAUGUUGCUACUUGGGAUCGUGCCGAAGCUCAAUUGAAGGCUGCCUUGGAUAGUUCCGGUUACAACUGGGAAUUAAAUGCUGGGGAUGGUGCUUUCUACGGUCCCAAGAUUGAUAUCACCGUCUAUGAUGCCUUAAAACGCCAGCAUCAAUGUGCCACUAUUCAGCUCGAUUUCCAACUUCCUGAGCAAUUCAGCCUUGAGUUCCAUGCUCCUGUAAAUGCCGAAGAAGCUAAGGAAUCCGGUAACAAUAACAGCUACAUUCGUCCCGUCAUGAUUCAUCGUGCCAUUCUUGGCAGUCUGGAGCGUAUGAUUGCCAUCCUUACCGAGCAUUUUGCCGGUAAGUGGCCAUUCUGGUUGUCUCCUCGCCAAGUUUGCAUUGUUCCAGUCUCUGCUGCUGCUUACACUUAUGCUGAGAGAGUCAACCGUGCUUUAGUAGACGCUGGUCUUUACGCUGACGUUGACUUGUCGGAUAACACCUUACCCAAGAAGGUACGUACCGCACAACUUUCUCAAUAUAACUUCAUCUUUGUUGUCGGUGCUGAAGAAGAAAAAUCCGAAAGUGUGAAUGUUCGUAACCGUGAUGAUCCUAAGAAGCAAAGCAAGGGUGAAGUUAUUCCCGUGAAAGAAAUCCUUGGGAAAUUGCUUAAGCUCAAAGAAUCCAAGUCUCGCGUUAAUGAGUUGUAA